AUGAAUCUUUGCACGUUUCUGCAAAAAGCUGGCCAUACCGUUAGGUGGAGGAGCGUUGAUGAUGGCAGAAGAAAUGACGUUGAAAAUCAAUCUAGGAUCCUUUUCUGGCUUUGCCACGAUGUUCUCGCGCUCUUGAGCGCUGAUGUGCUUAUCGAGCUUGGUCAUGGUUCUGGAAAGACAUCCAAGAUGAACGUCACCGGACAGAAUGGUGAUUCUGACUCCGUGUUUAGCACCGAACUUGACCAACUCGCCCAUCAACCAGUUCCGUUCCUUCUUGUGGUGAGCAGCACACCAAUGGUCGUUCAAAUCAUCCAACAAUUCGAUACCACCAUCGAAUUCGUUCACCAAGCCUUUGGCAAUGACUCCCUUUCUUGCCAGGUACUUGAUAGGAGCAAGAAGCUUGGAUCCCAUGAGCGACUCGAUCCAGACCAUUCUCGGGUAACAGAUUGGCACACCGAGCAGCACGAGCAAGUGUUUGAUCUCGCCCUUGGCUGCAACCAACUCGUCAUCCAUUCUCUUAAAGAUACGGCUGUACGUCUCCUGGGUGAUGAUUUGAUGUUUAGUACGCUCGGUUCUGCAGUCGAAACCAACCAAUGCAAUUUCCCUUCCGAAUCUGGUGUACACUGA